AUGCUGCUGUCAUUUUUGAGUGCUCUGCUCCUUGAUGUGCCGGCGGGCAGUUCUGUCUGGGCGAUAAUCAUAAUAUGGGCCGUCCGAAUCGUGUCACUGUCACUCCUGUUCAGGACUCUCGUCGGUCCUUCAAUCGUCAGGAUUGUCUCGAAACGGCUAAGAAUACAAAGCAUCAGUUUACGCUCUAUCAAAGGCGUUUACUUCCGGACUGGGAGCGGAACAUGGAGAGUCGAGCGGAUAGGGCUCUCCUACCAUCGUCGUUCUCCCGCCACGGCAAGCCGGUUCUCAGUAGUCGUGCAGGGAUUGAAGCUGGAGCUCGCGCAUGGAGAGAAGGAGACCUCGCUGGGGCCAUCGUUGAGCCGUAAACGUAUGGACUUGCCCCCUUCACGGUUGAUCUCGAUGAUGCACCUUUCCGGAGCAUUGAUUUGGUCCACAAUACAUUCUGCUUACAACCUCUUGGACCCAUACUUGCGGCCUGCUUUGCGCACGUUCCUCGUCGCUGCUCUAAGACUGGCCAUCCGGGCGCUGCCUGCGCUAACCCAUGUGGUCGACUUCGAGCUCGAUUCAGCCGUCGUCACACUAUCAGCAUUGCCUGGUUUAGAAUUGGCGGUAAAGCAAGCCAAACUCCACACCAAGGUCUCUCUCUUGUCAUUGGCGAGCGAGGUCGUCCCAGCCGGUACGGCUCGCUUUGACCACCGCCGACACAAACGUUUGAACAGCGUCGCUGACUGGAAUGCAAGGCUUACGAACAGCCUGCGCCGCACAUGGGACAGAGCGUGGGGUGCUACGCAGGUGACCGCCUCAGUCUCGCUUCGUGUGAAGUGUAUCACAGGUUCUGUGCCUCCCGACCUGCUCAAAGAUCUACCUCCGGAACCUGCACGUGAGUCAUUCAUCAAAGUUCCUAAGACUCAUUUCACUGCCUCCGUUCGGAUCGAUCCACACCGAGCCAUCGAGCCUCAUAGUGUCGAGUUAUCUCUGGGAGUAGAUUCUGUGCAGGUUCAAACGGAUGUAGUGCAGCAGUUAUUGAAGAUACUCAAGUUGAGCAAAGCUGGACAUGUCUCGUCAGAUAGCAGCCGUGAAAGCCCCGUAGUGAUCACUCCUGCUACUCCGCCGGCUUUCAACAAACGUCGGUCCACGUGGUCAUCCCCGAUGUCCCCUGGCUCGCCGUUCAUGGAGGCUUUGUCUUCCGAAGCUCAAAUUCAUAGAACUGGUUACCAAGCAACCAACGUACGCUUUCGUGUUUAUCGCUUUGUGUUGUUAUUGACAGUAACACAGCUUCGUUUGUCCACGUUAAAAUCCGUGGAUGUCCGUAUAGUUACGCUGACGUUGAGACAUUGCCCUGCGCGCCUUGAAAAGGACGUGGCGCAGACAUUCGAAGCAACCUUGCGGGACUUACAUCUGAACGCGGGGCUGAGCCAUCCGGAUACCAAUGCUGUGCAUCGCGCGUGGCUUGGCUCAAAGAGUGUAUCAAAUGACGGAUCGAGUGCAGAUGUCUACCGCGCCGAUAUUUCCACAAGCCUAUUCUCAUUGGAUCAAUCAGGAUACGGAGCGGUCAUCGACCAUCUUCGAGUCAUAUCAGCGGGUCCGAUCCAACUAAAUACCCUCGUUUCGCAGUGGCCCUCACCUUGGCUGAGCUGCUCGUCUUUCUUGUGCGGCGAUCCCAAUUCUCAGCUGCUGGGGAUACAUGUGGACCUCGGUGAUGUGCAGAUUACUCAGCGCUUGGAGGUCUUCCAUGCGCUGCUGGCAAGAGAGAAACCACAGCGGCAAGACGCGGAUAAGCCGCCGCUACCUACUGUCAUAUCUUCAGUGCCGCGCAUCGUAUUUGGGUUCAAGGUAGGCCCUAUCGUCGCCAGACUAAUUUCGCCGACAUCCUACAGCGACAAAGGGCCCUUCGCUUUGGAAGCACGAACAGAUGGCAUUGUAGCGUCCGCUCAUUCACAUUAUCGUUCCUUACCAGACCGUCACAUCGGAUCUACAAACUACGAUCAUACCACCGUUCAAAUGGAUGUUGACUUCGCGUGCACUCUGCACAGCACAUUUGUGGUCGUCUGCUAUGGCUCCAACAUGAACGGAAGACACUCGAUCGAGCAAUCUCCGGAAUUUACGACCUAUCCAGGAGACAGGAUCCUAUCCCUUGACGCAGUAGAGCUGUUCGGACACGGGAGUGCCAUUGGCGAAAUGGCAGAUACGGCCGGAUCCUCGAUCACUCUAGAUCUGUUGUCGUUUUUCACUGAUGUGCAGUGUUCAUCGGAUGUGUUGUCCAUCGAGUUAUGGCAGCCAGACGUGAUCAAAGCCAUAGCCAGGGUUGUCAAUCUCUCCGAGCGAGCGGUCAAGACAUCUACCCCUUCAACUCCCCGCUAUGCCUUAGACCAACUCCCCUUCGGAGUAUCUGCCGCAAUCGCUAUAGGGCGAUUGAUCGUCUUCGUCACCGCACCGGACUUGGCACCUAAUGAGGAUCUGGGAAUAUCUCGCGGAAUAGCGCUACAUACAUGCGUUGCAGCAAGUUACUGUGCCGUUCACGGCAGGCAUACUGAACGUAUGAGCAACCUUCUGCCUCGAGGGCAGAAGCGGUUGCGGUUGUCAUUGCCAACGGAGGCUAUCCUCAAGGCCGUUUCUGGGACCACUGUACCUGCCGCCACUCCCAAUAACCGCGUGCUCGUAGGACUAUCUCUGCGACGGACCGUUGUCCGAGAUACUGUCGCAACUCAGUUUGCUGCCGACGAUAGCUACAGUGCAGAGGAUGGAAGCGCUGAUUCGCCUCCUAACGAAUUCCUACGAAUCAAUGACGUAGAGAUAGACGUGAUUCUAUGCGGCACGCGCCAGAGCACCUUUUAUGUCCCCGGAAUCAAGGACGACUUACUCGUUAAUGUAUCUGUCACUCAAAUCCGAGGUUCCUUGCGACUUGUCCACCUCUACCAUGCCCUUCUUGCUGCACGGACACUGAAAUCCCUGUUCCCCUCUCAUGUCAAGCCUUAUAGGGAAGAGCCGCUGCCGUCUACAUUGUCAUUAAAUGUGCAGUGCGAUGUCAAGGACGUGCAGCUUCUGUGCGAGCUUCCUAUGUCGUCCAAUGUGUUCAUCAGGAUUUCGUACCUUCGCUGCCAAAACCGACCGGAGAACAGAGUUAACGUGAAAUGGGAUAACAUCAUCAUGGCGGUCGCGGUGAAGACCACACGUGAUGGCGUUCAUGAGGAAGAGUGGGAAGAGCUCGCUCAUCUAUCUGAUUGGCACAUUACUGUUCCAUUACUCGAGGACCCCUUGACCAUUCUCGUCGAGGGAGAUUCUGGUCUCCUUCGUAUUCCAUUCGAUUUCGUUCUGGCGGAUCUCAUUUUAAGCAUCAACUUGACUAUCAAGAGUGCGAAGCAUCUCGCCCGCAUGGUCACGCUGGGGCGAUUCGAGGAGCCUCCUGCUCCCGAACCUGAGGAGGCGAAGAUUGCGCCGAACAUAUCGUGCAAAAUCCGGUCUCUGAUUGUGGAAGCAGCCGAGGAAGCGAUGGAAUCUAAGCUUGGGAUUAUAUGGCGGACUGGCUUCGAGGCAGCACGCGUUAGACAGGAACGCGAGGAAGCUUUCCAAGCGAAGGUAGCCACAAUCUCCAAAACAGACACUGCACAACCAACCUCGAAACCUCACGGUAUCGACUCAGAUUUCCACUUCACCUCGAAGCAUACAGUGUCUAUCCGCGAUGCUCGAGAGCGAUUGUCCCAGGUUCACUCCGUUGCGUGGAGAUCAGCUUUUUUGAAGGCAAGAGCAUCGCAGAUCGCUCGCGAGAGACGCUAUUUCCAUCAAACCGCAGGGGCACGCUUUCACGGCGACGCAUCUGACAGCCUAGUAACCGUGAAGCCGCCGACAGCAUACCCUCCUCUGUUCCGUCUAGUGCUUGAUAGUUUGUCGUUGAAUCUCUCUGCUCCUGCACCUCUCGUGGAAAGAGUGCCCCACUUCCUGCAUGACGUUGGCAAUGGCCUUCCCAAGGAUACCCAGUUCUCGCUGCUGAUUCCCCUCCAUAUCAAUUUCACCCUCGCCUCCUUGCGUUUCACGUAUCGAGAGUAUCCUUUGCCGUUGUUGUGCGUCCCACGUUGUACCGCAGAUGAUUCAGCGGCGUUAGUCUUCGAUAGCGAUCUAGUCAUAGCGGAGGAAAUGGGGAGUGAUGCCUCAGUCGAAUGGUUCCCUUCCGAGAUAGUCGAGGUGAACAGCGGUGUUCACGGAGCGUCUCCGUUGUUCAUCCACGUACCGAAGACGAUCAUGCCGGUGAAGACAUAUGCCUUACCGACAUUGCGUGUACUCACGGACAACACGACCGACUUCGCGUGGGGAGUAAGUUACGGCCCUGCGACGCAAGAUCUCAUGCGUGUCAUUGAUACGUUAUCGCAUGCACCACGAGAUCCCUCCCCACCUAUUGGGUUUUGGGACAAGUUACGUCUGGUCUUCCAUUGGCGCAUUGACGUAUCUUUCCAACAUGACGUGCAUUUUCACAUGAAAGGCUCCCGUGACCCGCAUGAGCUUGGUGGUACUGGAGCUGGAUUCGCGCUGUGUUGGCAAGGAAAUCCUCGCCUGCUUAUCGGGCAGCCCAACGAGCAACAGGAGCUGGUGCAACUGGUCAGCAAUUCGAUGCUCAUCAUAAUCCCUAAUGUCCAAGACACAUGGGGCACUAAUGUACAUCUGCCAUCCGCCUCAGCCGCUCCCUUCUUCACAUACAGCUCUAGGCAAUCUCGUGACUUCAAGGUCUGCGCGAAGCUAAGUUCAGGUGUACGCUUCGGUGUCGGAUGCGUACUUGAACAUUCCUGCGGCCCGGAAUGCCCCAAGUGCUCUGGUAAACCCUUCGACCGCGACUGCCGAUUUUUUGAUUUCCGACCGCACUACUCUGUUAAGCCGGAGAAUAAGCAGAGAAGACCGGAAUACAAGGCCAUUGACGACUCGUACAAUGGGUUCCGGUCAGAUUUUAUUCACUUAUCUAUCUCUUUGACGUCUGCGUUGUACCGUGACAAGGAUCUUUCAACUCAGAAGGCCAGCAGUGUUCAUCUGUCACCAGAACUGUUUGAGCAUUUCUGGGCAUGGUGGUCGCUGUUCGAUGGCACGUUAUCACUUCCUAUUCGCCAAGGAUCCUAUUAUUCCCAUAAACGACCUCUGUCUCCCAAGCUCGGACAGCAUCUGGCCACACUCAAAUAUCGCAUUUCUAUCGCCCAGUUAUUCCUCAGCCAUGUCUACGUAGACAAUUCCAAGGAUGCUUGGGCUGAUGGUGUCACCCCAUUCGUCGGCAUCAAGGCCUUGAUCGAUCAUUUCCAGGCUGAUAUGCAUCAGAGAGACCAAGAGACCGCACAUGUGACCGAGGGCAAUACGCAAUCAGCUCAUCACAAAGCAUUCUAUGCUGUAGAGGUGGUCAUGAAAAGCUUAGAUUUACGGUCGAUGCUAGCUGUUUUCCCUGAGCCUCUCAAGCAACAAGUCCACACGGAAUCAGCACCGCUCAUGAGCAACUACAGGACGCAAAUCAAGACCGAUCCUGUGCCUGCAGACUCUGUAUGGAUUGAUUAUGAUGACUUUGAUGACACUCGUUGGUCGCCUUCCACCUCACCGACCGUUCAUCUACUGUCUGCUGCUUUUUGUCCACAUUUCACAUACUUCAAGCGUACACGGGAAACACUGUUGGAUGUCUCGCCCACUCAACUAGUAAAGAGUAAAUUUGGUACAGAGGACACGCAUGUAUGCUCUCUGGGCAAGGAGCUCUCUGUGACUCAGAUCCAAAUCGCUUUGGCAGGAUUGCGCAUCAAGAAACUACAGCGACGACUAUCGCAAUGCUUGGGAAGUACUGGCAGACAUGAUGGUGCUCGAGAUGCAGAUCCAUCUCUUGACUCCCCGGGUAGCGUCGAUGGAAACGCCAGUGAUCUGCGCAAGAAGAUCAAAUUGCUUAACAACUACGUGUCCCAUCUGCACAAGGAGGACUCCGCAGCGAACGCGUCAACGUCUCACGGUAUCCGCAGUUAUGACAUGCCUACCGAUGCCGUCUCUGCGGAUGAAUGGGCAGAGUUUGAUAAUGUGUAUCAAGUGCAUUCUCCGCAAGUCUUCCUGGAUCAUGUCGUCCGCGACAUUAUGAUGCAAUAUUACUAUUGCUCUCGGACCAAACGAAGUGUCGAGUAUCAUAUGGCUGCACGUGCUGUGAAGUUUAUUCGAGACCAGGCGAAGACAGCGCUUGCGGACUUGCUUCAAGAACCAGGACAGACUCGAGGACCGGUCUCCAGCGCUCAGGCUGCUGCUAUCGCUGUUCGCAAUUUCUUGGGCCGAGAUGGCAUGUCGGAUACGAUCGUGGAUACAACCGAGGACUCCGUAUGGGACAAUGCUAAGCCCAUUGAUCCGCUUAACGGAUGGACCGAGGGUGUUACGCUGCGGAGAAGUCACUUCUGUCUUUUGCUGAAGCCGCAGAUAGUUCUUCGAAGGGAAGGCACCUCAGACCCGGAUCCGGAGUCUGUUUGCGUGCUGACAGCUGUCCAGGGGAAGCUGAAGUCGUUUGCGAUCUUGGAUGAAGCCAAUGUAGACGACCCCGUAAUUGGCAAAAUCAUGAACAGGCACGUAUUAGCUUUUGAACAAUCACGGAAUUUUGCGUCCAUCACCGGUCUACAGACAUUCUCCCCCUCUGUAACGAAUCAAUCUGGCAAGGGGUCUGUUCCCUUGGAAGUAUUGAUAGACUUGCGAUGCGAGAACAGCGCGUUCGACCGUCUUGUGCCCCAGACGGACGCUUCGUUCCAGUAUGACAAGUUCAAUCGGCUACGACUGCGUAACAAGAUCACGACUAUUGCUCGAACCAGCCAGGAUUCUAAUGAUCAGCAUGAUCAUCUACAGGAUCAAACGGACCUUAUCCGAUUGCACAUUCCAAGAUUCACGGUGUCUGCAAAUGAUGGUCAUUUCCAGGCAAUUUCCAACAUCGUCACCAAACUAGUCCUCUUCUCGGACGCGGCACUCAAGGAGCGCUCCGAUAAGCUAGAGAGAUUGCUGUUUAAAUAUGACUUCACGAACAUGGGGCUGGCAGCUGACGUUGUCCUGAACAUGCAAGCACGCUUGAGACAUGCAUUGGAGAUCCGACGACAAGCGAUGCAGACGCUCCAAGGUUCGGGAGACGAAGGACAGGUUGAGAUUUACAAAGUCGAUGCACACAUCCUGAUGCUCGCUGAAGAGCUCAACCUCAUCUUCGACGCGAUCCAACUGUCACAGGACAAGGCGAACGAACACCCUGAAAAGAAGUCGGCAUUGCUCCUACAUGCCUCGUCAUCAGAGAUAUCCUGGCGAAUGUUGGACCAUCAAGACCAGCUCCUUGCGAAACUUGCUGUUCGCAACAUACACUUCUAUUGGCUCAGCCAGCAGGACAGUUCCACAGUCAACAAUCUAGUCGUAGGAGACUUGCAGGCAUACGAUGGUUCGGCAAAUGCACAAUGGACGGAAAUAUUGUCCAAGAGUGAUGAACCUGCCACGCAUCCACUAGUCAAGAAAAAGUUGUUCGUUGUUGCCGAUUGGACAGUGCUACCUCCUGUUGGGGGCAUCACCAUCUACGAAAACUUUGAAAUCACGUUCCAUCCUAUGCGACUUCAAAUCGAUACGCGUGUCGGCAAGAAGAUUAUGGAAUAUAUCUGGCCCGCGCGUAAGCAUAGGAGUAACUCGGAAGAGGUUCAAAGCUUCGAGCCACUUCUUGAUUCUACGACGGAGGAAGGAGAGUCGAAUAUAGUCGUUGUUCCGGAAAGUCCAGAUGACGUCCAUCGCUCCUCGUGGGAUGUCUCGCCUCGCAAAUCCGUCGACUCAAACAGACUAGCUGCAUCUCCAAUGCGCAAGCUCGGUGCUUCCAGAUCCGUAACUGAUCUUAGGAAUACGCGGUCGGAGACACUGAAGGCUCCUAGGCUGCAUAGGACAAAGUCCACCGAUGCGUUGGUUACUGUCUCGACGCCAUCGCGCUCUUUUACGAAUCAAACCAUAAAGAAUGGAAGCGAUUCCAGAGACAAGUCUGCAUCUUCACGUAACAAACAGGAAGUUGACGAUGCAACCGAGAUGAAGACACGUUCGUCUCAGAAAACAUUCGUGCGGGUGCGGGUAAAUAGUCUACAUCUCCUGCUUAGCAUCGCGAAAGAGGACUCGUUCCUCUGUCGUGAUGCACGCAUUCGCACACGAGAUCUGGAGUAUCGCAAUCAAACUUCGAGUUUCGAAGAGCUAGUCGACCAGUUUAUUCCUUCAGGCCGGAACUGGCGUGGCUGGAUCAAGAUGGCCUUUCAGCAGCCCUUGGUGCCGGUUCUGCCUGUCGCGCGCGAGUUGAUCUCAAAGACAAAGUGGAUCCAGCCAAGAGUACAUCAUACACAAACAGCGGAGGAUCAUCAACGCUCGAGCACCCCAACGCUCCUUCUGCCAUUCCAAGCACGCACCUCAAGCACGAAUUCCGCGACGUCCUCCGACUCUACGGCGACUGGGAGUCGUUCGUCGACAAUUGACCUGAGAAGGCAUCGCGCGAAGUCGCCUUUCCCCUUGCACAAGAACCCGACUCCGGUCAUUUCGCCGGACUUUACCGCUGAACCAGAGCCACUUCCAGAUGCGAACGCGGACAAUUCCUCCAUGCGCCGCAUUGCUCGACCUAGGGUUCUCAGUGUCUUCAGACGCCGCCAUGGAAAUCCUGCGAGAUCGAGCAUUGACUCCGACGCAUCUGCCAACAGCGUAUCGCAGCACAUUAUGAGCAUGACGCGUACUUCGCGCGCUGGACCCAGCUCUUCUCGAAUGAUGAGUGAGGACGAUCGCGAACCUUUCCUUGCAUCCGGAGCAACAGAAGGAAGGCCGCGGCGCAGGCAUACUCUCUCGGACAUGGGAUACGGUCGUGUAGAAGACGACAUGAUCUCACUCAAUGGUCUGCAGACGGAGGUGUUGAUCCCGAGAGAUGAUGAGGGACGUGGGCGCGUCGGAAGUGCGCUGAGCUUGCCGCGGUCAGAUACCUCGUGCUACGACGAGGUGUGGGAUGGGGAACAUCAUUCAGAUGAUAUUGUAGAGCAUUUGGAUGUGAUUGACCCUCAAAUCGCCACGGUCGCCACCCUCACUAAUGCCGCGAAUUCAAUAGUGAUACCUCCAUUGGACUUCUACUCCCACAAGCCAGUCGUUGUGCUUCCGCGCAGGCGGCAACGACGGAGAGGUGAUGCAGAGAAGGCCGAGCCAGCGGGGGACCAGGAUAGUCUCGAUAUGCAUGUGGAAGAUGUCCUGAGGAAACGCGACCGAUUUCGGAGGGUGAUGCGGGGCGUAUGGUCAUUCAUGAAGACUCGUAUGUCUUGCAACCGUAUACGGUGUACGGUUGUUACAGUAUUCUGGGGAUCAGCACUUGUACUUUUUCUCGCUCGUUUUAUCAAUGUACACAACGACAACACGCAAAACUUCUGGAUUGAACUAUGUCAACAGAUCCUAACGGGGUUUUUCUCCCUCCCAAGUAUCGGUCUGAUGCCCUUCCGCAUAGUCGACACGUAUCGUAUAUGCAAGAUCUGCUAUUAUCAACGCAAGACAGCAAAACUACGGCAGAAGGCGGGCCUGCCGGCGCUUUAUGACAAGAAUGAUCUACCAGAUCCUAAGUACGAUGCCAAUUAUGUACCGGUGCUGAGCGAUGAAGAACAGGUGGAUCUGCAUUACCAGCAACUUAAGUUUAUGCAGGCACAGACUUGGUAUCGUCCGCAUGGAACACAAACUCAUCGCGCAUUCCCCAUUGAUGUUGCGCUAUGGAUAUGCAUCAUGAAUGAUCUCAACUCUGUGUUCCAAUGCUUACUCAGCGGCUGCAUGUGGUCUAUGGACAGGUUUAUUCGGCCAGCAUGGACAACUGCUACAACGCUUCCCUUGUCAUUCCUCGCUGGGAUCGUCGCUGGCUUCCUGAUCUAUUGGGGAGGUCGUAAAACUAAGCGCGUGAAGGAGGUAACAGAACGCCUCCGGAUGGCGCUGGCGAUGGAAGAUUCUCCGUCCGAUGCCGAUCCCGAAUGUCCAACCAUCGCGACAGCGGGCGAGGGCGCCUCUAUGCCAGACGCGCCGUUGAUAUGCCAAUCCACGCAGACGUUGCCCGACCAGCAGAUGGUACAAUGCAUAGACUACGCGGAGGAGACGAUCAAGAACGAUAAUGUUGAAAGGGAUCAAAUCGUCGGAAUGCCAUCAACGCGGCUUACACCAAUGUUUCCCGACAUACGAAUUGUGGACGAAAUGAGCGUGCCUCCCGCAGAGCUACUCUCGGAAGACGGUGUAACGAGGUAG